GACUGGGACAUCAUCAGCCCCCGGGAGGUGGCGGCGGCCGAGCCCCUUCCCGAGCGCCGGUCCCUGCUGGCGGCCGCCCUGCCCUUCACACAGGCCCUGCUGGCCCAGGUGGUGUGGCGUUACCUCCUCAACGUGUUCCCCGCAGGGCUGUCGGGCCAGGAACGUCUCUCUCACCUCCGUCGAAAAGCCGCCGAAUAUUCUUCUUUAAAAUCCCUUUUGGCUUCUCGAGCGGCUCCGGCCGAGCUGGCUCUGGUGGGCGCCGCCGUGCGAAAAGACGUCGUCCGAACCGAUCGGGGACACCCUUAUUUCGGGGGACCCGAAGAAGGACACCCCCAUUUGGCCGCCCUCCAAGCUCUCCUCACCACCUUCGCUUUGGGCCACCCUCGACUUUCUUACUGCCAGGGCAUGUCCGACGUGGCCGCCCCUUUGUUGGCCGUUUUGGAUGACGAAGCUCAAGCUUUUCUUUGUUUCUGUUCCCUCAUGAAACGCUUGGGGCCUCGUUUCCGACCCGGAGGACGAGGUUUAGCUCGUGCUUUCGCUCAUCUUCGUCGUCUUUUACGUCGCGCCGACCCUCCUUUUUGGGCUUUUUUGGCCGCCCGCGGCGCCCACGAUCUUCUCUUUUGUUACCGUUGGUUGCUCUUGGAGCUCAAGAGGGAAUUCGCCUUCGAAGACGCUCUUCGGGUCUUGGAGAUCACUUGGAGCUCGUUACCUCCAGCCCCGCCGCCCCCACCGGAGGGUGUCCCACUUUUGGGGGCUCCCCUAGGACCUCGUCGGGCCGGACGAGGGCUACGGGAGAGGAGGGGGUUACGGCCGCGGCCCCCGCGCCGCCAUCGUCGACGGCAGGAGGAAGAGGCGGCGGCCACCGGUGGGCGAGGUGGCCACCAACAGGGUUGUGGGGAUGGUCAAGAGGGUUCUGGAAAUUCUGGUGAAGGCCAAGAUGGUUCCAAAGGAUCCACGGAGGUUCCUACAAGCUCCGGCGAUGACCAAGAGAAACCAAAGAGCUCCAACCAUCUCCAAGAGAGCUCCAGGAACGUCCAGGAGAGUCCCAAGAGCUUUGGGGUUGGCCAGGAGGAUCUCAAGAGCUCCAACGAUCUCCAAGAGAGCUCCAACGAUCUCCAAGAGAGCUCCAGGAACGUCCAGGAGAGUCCCAAGAGCUUCGGGGAUGACCAGGAGGAUCUCAAGAGCUCUGGUGACAUCCAAGGUGGAUCCAAGAGACGAGAGAAGCUUGAGGUCUUCAGGGAUGGCCAACGGAGUCCUGGUGGCUCCCAGAAGGACCCAAAGACCUCCCUGGAUGUCCACGGUGGUGCCAAGGUCCCUGGGGGUGGCCAGGGAGGCCUUAAGGUCCCCGGGGAGGUCCGUGGUGGCACUAAGGUCCCCAGGGCCUCCAACGCUGGUGGGCAAGAGCGUGACGGCCCCAAGGCCGUUGGAGAAGAUCCCAACGUCUCUAAGGAGGUUGGCCAAGACCUUGGCGUUCCCAAGAAGGUCAACCUCAAGGAGAUUGGCCAACGACCGAGCAUCUCCAAGGUGGUUUGUGGAGACCCUGAUGUCUCCCCCAAAGCUGACAAAGGUCCCCACGUGGGCGCUGACCCCGACGUCCCCAAGAAGGUUCGUAAAGGUCGCCGGGUCUCCAAGAAGCUCCGCCAAGACCUGAAGACCCCGGAGAAGGUGGGCGAUGACCGUGGCCUUUCCAAGAAGGUUGGUGGAGACCCCAACGUGGCCAAAGAGGUCAACGAGGACCCCAAAGAGCUCAACAGAGACCCCAGAAAGGUCGGUGAAGACCCCAAAGAGGUCAACAAAGACCACAGAAAGGUCAACGAGGGCCCCAAAGAGGUCAACGAAGACCCCAGAAAGGUUGGUGAAGACCCCAAAGAGGUCAAUGAAGACCCCAGAAAGGUUGAUGAAGACCCCAAAGAGGUCAACGAAGACCCCAGAAAGGUUGGUGAAGACCCCAAAGAGGUCAAUGAAGACCCCAGAAAGGUUGAUGAAGACCCCAAAGAGGUCAACGAAGACCCCAGAAAGGUCAACGAAGACCCCAAAGAGAUCAACGAAGACCCCAAAGAGGUUGGUGAUGCCUUCAAGGAGGUCGGUGAUGCCUUCAAGGAGGUUGGUGAAGACCCCAAAGAGGUUGGUGAUGCCUUCAAGGAGGUCGGUGAUGCCUUCAAGGAGGUUGGUGAAGACCCCAAAGAGGUUGGUGAUGCCUUCAAGGAGGUUAGUGAAGACCCCAAAGGGGUCGGUGAUGCCUUCAAGGAGCUUGACAACCCCCCCAGCUCCCCCAACGAGGUGGGUGAAGACCCCCAAGAGGUACGUGACCACCCCAGCGCGGGUGGGGAGGCCACCGAAGACCCUUGGGGAGGCGGUUGGGCUUGGGAAGACUCUUCCUCCUCUUCCUCUUCCUCCUCCUCCUCCUCGGAAGAGGAAGAGGUGGGUCUGGAGGACGACGGGGCGCCUCUCCCGCCCCCCGAGGAGUUGGGGCAGGGGAACCCCUUCCUCCUCUUCCUCUGCUUGGCCAUGCUCUUGGAGCAACGGGAGGCCGUCAUGGCGCGGGCCGGUGACUACAACGAGGUGGCCAUGCACUUCGACCGCCUGGUGCGACGUCACCACCUGCCCCGCGUCCUGCGCCGCGCCAAGGGGCUCUUCGCCCGUUACUUGGAGGGCUGGGGGGGGGCGCCCCCCGGGGGACCCACCACGGGGUAAAAAAAAACAAAAAAAGGGGGGCUGGGGGCCUGCUGGGACCCCCAACGAGGACAUCGGGGAGAAGGUGGGUUCUCCGUGGACACCAGGUGAGGAGCUGGGGGGGGUUUCGUCGGGGAGCUCUAGGUCAACAACGAGGGGAUGUGUGGGGCUGUGGGGAACCCCAUAGACAUCUCCCGGGGACCCAUAGGUCUUCUUUGGGGAGCUCUAGGUCAACGUGGGGAGCUCUAGGUCAACGAGAGGAUGUGUGGGGCAAUGUGAGGACUUCGUGGACAUCUCAUGGGGACCUGUAGGACCUCUUUGGGGACCCAUAGACGUCCUCAGGGCCCCAUAGAUCCUCUUUGGGGACCCCAUAGAUGUCCUCGGGGACCCAUAGGUCCUCUUUGGGGACCCCUAAGUCAGCAUGGAGAUGUGUGGGGCAAUGUGAGGACCUUGUAGACAUCCUUGGGGACCCAUAGAUCUCUUUGAGGGCCCCAUAGAUGUCCUUGGGGACCCAUAGGUCCUCUUUGGGGAACUCUAGACCACCAUGGGGAGCCCUAGGUCAACAUGAGGAUGUGUGGGGCUGUGGGGACCCCAUAGACAUCUCCUGGGGA